GUUAUAUCAAAAGACGAUCAUAACUGGUGGCAAGCUCGUUACAUUUGUCCAUUCCCAGCUUUAGGAAGUAGCGGUCCAAGCGGAUCUCAUACACCAGGCGCAUCCGUUGCUGGUUUGAUACCUUCUCCGGAACUCCAGGAAUGGAGGACUGCUUGUUUGGCGAUGGAACGGGCCAAAGAUAAUACGCACUGUAUGUGGUUUAAUAAAAAGAAAAAAUAUUACACAACAAAGUAUCUACAGAAGCAUUCCGCCUUAUUCGAUCAGCUCGAUCUCGUCACUUAUGAAGAGGUAAUACGGCUAGCAACAUACAGACGUAAAACGCUGGUGCUGUUAGGUGCGCAUGGUGUUGGCCGGCGACAUAUCAAAAAUACGCUUAUUCAUAGGCAUCCGCAGAGGUUUGCCUAUCCUAUACCACAUACAACAAGGCAGCCAAGGAAGGAUGAAAUUGACGGGAAGCAUUACUAUUUCGUAUCCAACGAUUGCAUGCUUGCUGAUAUUCAAGCGAACGAGUAUUUGGAGUAUGGGACACAUGAAGAAUGUAUUUAUGGUACAAAACUAGAAACCAUUCGAAACAUUCAUAGGACUGGCAAAAUGGCCAUCCUGGAUGUUGAACCUCAGUUGUAUCUGUAUCUAUCAGACUGCGAUAAAAACCGCAUGAAAGCAGUGAGGCUGGAUAAGCUAUUAAUGCAAGCGUUUGCGUGUGUGGGUGUCUUUGUAUGUGUUUGUGUGUGA